AUGAAUGGAAACAUUGAUUCGGCGCUUCGUGAACAGCCAAAUCGAGUAGAGGCAGUUAGGGCGGCUGCGAGCCAUCUGAGGAAUAUUCUAGAUGGGGAUGAUGGGCAACUCAUGUCGAGAAGGCGCAAGUUGGACCCCCUUGCGGAUGUGGUUGUCAAAUUAUGGAACAUUGUCGAUGAAGGAGCACGUGUCAUUACAGCCGGAGGAGUAGCAGGUCAGUUUUCGAUCCGGUGCCAUAAACAGAUAGUUUUAAGUCCACCGAUACAUUCUUUUCAAUCAGGUGUAAAAUUCACGCUUUUUUUUUUCAGCCUCAACAUAAAAAAUGUCUUCACAGUAACUCCAUUUUUAUAUGUUUUGUGCCAUACAAUAGCUGUACAAAAUAUAUAUUGUCAGAGAGUUGUCUGUAUGUUUGUGUCUGUGUGUGUCUGCAGCAGUUUGUCUGAAACUUUCAACUCGUGA